GCAGUUGGGAGGUAAAAGUCCAUAUGAAGCUCUGACAGGUAAUAAAUUCCAGGCUGUACUCAGAGGAUAAGCACCGUGGAAGAGCGAUCGCAUCCUGGUACGGGACAAACAAGAAGUCACUGAGAGUCCUGGGCAAACAGAAAAGCACAUCAGGAAGAAGACGGGCAGCAGCUGGUGAGAGGGUACAAUGGACAUCUUGCAGACAGAGGCCUAUUUCAGGAAGAAGGAACGCCACUCAUUUGGGGUGCUGCUCUUCAGCCUACUGCCUUUCCUCCUCUCCAGCGGGUUGUAUUUCUACCUAUGGCUGCCUGAGUCCAGCCCCUCUCCCCACUCGGCUGCAGUAAAAUGCAUUCCUGUUCUAACACUGUCUGCAAUGCUCUUCUGUCACAAAGGCUGCUCUUUAGGGCACCCUGCGGGAAAGCUGCUAUCUGGACUGCUGAUGUCUGCAGUGGGAGAUGUCUGCUUGAUUUGGAAGGAUCUUCUCCUGCCUGGUGUUGCCUUCUUCUCCCUUGCCCAUAUUCUAUAUUCCCUGUCAUUUCUUAGUACUCGGUCACGCAGACCCUCCUGGCUCCUCCUCCCAUGUCUUGUCCUCUGGAUCUUCACUGGCUGCACCUACAUGUACAUUCUACCCCACCUCCAGGUACGGCCUGAUGCACAGUUAAUGGUCCCUGCUGUUGGCUUCUACUGCAUCCUCAUCACUAUAAUGACCAGCUUCGCCUUCAGGACCACCCGACCACCUACAAUUGCCGGCUCACUCUUCUUCAUGGCUUCUGACUUCAUUCUGGCCCAUCAGCUGUUUGUGGCUCCUGCUCCCUGGGGAAGGAUGAUGAUCAUGAUCACCUACUAUUUGGCUCAGUUACUAAUAGCAGUUGGGGGAGCUUUGGAGAGGCAAGAUUAUGACCUAUACGCUGGGGAGCGCAGUAAGAGGAAGAAAAAGUAGUCAGAAAAGGGAAGGAACCAUGAGAGGCAAUAAGAGUGUCCAAUAAUGGGGUGCAAGAACAGCAAGCAAAGAGGAUGAAGGUGAUGUCUCAAGAAAACCAAAGGCAUUUAUAAAAAGCACACAGCUUUGUAGUCCAUGAAACACAAAAACUAAAGACAUACUUUCUUUUGUAUUUUUGGCUGCUUUUUAAGAGAAGCAGAAGGCAGAAUGAACCUCUGGAAAUCUUAAGAUGUAUAAAGAUACUAGGACCCACCAACUCCUUUCAGAAUUGAUAUUUGGUAUUGAACAUUUUUUUAAUUUUAGCUUCAGAGUGGAUACCCAGUUGCAAACAUGGAGGCCGAGUGCCCUGUUACAAAAAAUACUUGAAAUGAGAGCCUUUGGGCAGCUUACCCAAAGAAAUGUUAUUUUAUCCCAGUAAAAUGGA